AGACAUUGAGGCUCCGCCAAACCGAAGUGUCGCCGCCGCUUCUACAGCAGCGCCCUUGCCGUACGCUGCUGCCGCCACCUCUGCUCCAAACCAGCGGCUGCCAGGUGAGCCUCGAGAUCCCUGCUCAGAGACGCGUCAUGGGUUUCCGGAAGUUCUCUCCGUUCCUGGCUCUUAGCUUCUUGGUCCUGUACCAGGUUGGCAGCCUACAGGCCGCGCCAUUCAGGUCCGCCAUAGAGAGCAGCCCAGACCUCGCUGCACUCAGUGAGGAGGAAGCGCGCCUCCUGCUGGCUGCACUGGUGAAGGACUUUGUGCAGAUGAAGGCCAGUGAGCUUGGGCAGAAGCAGGAGACAGAGGAUUCCAGUGUCACUACCCAGAAGAGAGCCUGCAACACUGCCACCUGUGUGACCCAUCGGCUGGCAGGCCUGCUGAGCAGAUCAGGGGGCAUGGUGAAGAGCAACUUUGUGCCCACUGAUGUGGGCUCCAAGGCCUUCGGCCGGCGCCGCAGGGACCUUCAGGCCUGAGCAACUGAGGGACACUCUGGAGAAGGUCACCAUGAAGCUGAAAACUUCAUUUGUAAUAAAAGCAACUUAUAGGCAAGGCUCCAUGGAAGACACAUGUAUUUGCAUCCUUCUUGAUAACAGAAAACUAUCUUCUUUGUUUGAAAGGAACUAAAGCUAAAUGCAAAAUAAGCUCAUUACAGUUAUCUAUUAUGCAUCUUUCUUAUAUUCGAUUCUGUACCCAAUAAAUAUGACAGCAUGUCUCAUUGGCUUAUCUAGUAGUAGUUCAGUCCCCCUCCCCCAUCAGCCAUUUGUCAAUGUGGCAGCUCUGCUAAACCUCAGGGGGACAUGAAAUCACUGCCUCUUGGGCAUCUGGGGACACAUAGUAAUGCUGUGCCUUGACUGAACUAUUUGUUUAAAGAAAUGUCAACCUUGUCAUGUGUGAACUUCAUCAAGAUUAAAAAUGUAUUUUGAUACACUUAAAUGGAGU